CUCUGAAUAUUACUCGUCGGCAGUAUAUCUAUUUAGAAAGUUAAGAUUUAAAAUAUAUACUCUGAUUUUAUUGCAUAAGCCAAGGACGAUCGGCACGUUUCUCCAAAUUUCUUCAGGGAUAUCACUACAACAACAACAGACCACAAAAGUGAUUAACAUUCUUAAAGUAUUAGAAAAAUUAUUCUGGAAUUUUGCUGUAUGUUUCCAAUAAGUGUAUUCAAUGAAAGUUUUAGAUUGAAGGGUUUUCAAAUAAAAUAACUAUAAGAGAAAUCUACUAUAUAAUGAAAUGCGAUUUAAGGUGAUAACAUCGUCCAAAAUAACAUGAAUUAGCGAAAAAUCUAAUCCAUCUAGUUUUGCGAGUUUUUCGGCACAUAACGUGCUCUAUAAUUUCUCAACAAAUUGUAUAUGGCUGGCAGCACUAUGCUUUACUUUUUUUCCCGCUCAUGCAAAACAAAACAAAAUUUUACAUAUUACACAUGGAAUAAGAGAAGUGUUAAAUUAACAUAUUUAUCACUGUUUACACAUUUGCCGCCUGUAUUUACUUUAAUUUUACAAACUCUACCCGUAGAGGAAAAUUCCAAAAUGACGAACACAACUUCAACAGCUAAUCAACAAAGAAAUGUAGAAAAUGCAGGCAAAGCUAAGAACCCUAUGGAAUCUGUGCCAAAUGCUUUCCAAUUUACGGCAAAGAAUGGAGCGGAAUAUAAACUUUAUUGUCGCACAAAAGGUGAUAUGGAUGCAAAAACAUUGAAAUGGGCUUUUAAAUUAGCGGAACGUAAUGUGAGUCCUUAUUAUAAGACUUUAAAAAUAGGCUGGCAACCAAAGGUAAAGCAGAAUGAUUUAAAUAAAAAAUGGGCACGCUAUUUGGUGGCAACAGAUAAAAGUGGACAACCCGUAGCUUAUACCAUGUUUCGUUUUGACAUGGACUACGGUAACAGUGUGCUAUACUGCUAUGAAAUGCAGAUUGAACCAGAAUCUCAACGCCAAGGACUUGGUAAGUUCAUGAUGAACAUACUGGAACAGUGCGCCCAACAUUGGCACAUGGAUAAAGUUGUGCUCACAGUGUUGAAAAAUAAUACUAAUGCCACAGCUUUCUUUAAAACAAUCGGCUACAGCUUGGAUGAGACAUCGCCUGACAUAUUAGAAAAGGCGGAAUAUGAGAUAUUAAGCAAGAUAUUAUUAUAAGCUUACCUAAGUACCUACAAUGACAAAAUAAUACACAUAUUUGCUAAUUUUUAAUCACAACAUUUAUUAUAACUAACAACAUUAUGAAAACACCACACACUAAUUGGAACGGUUGCUAAGAGUAGACGUUUGGCUUGUUCUUCCAUGUGUGUAGCUACACGAAUAUCUUUUGCACUGAGACCGUCAACAUCAUGCGUAGACAAAGUUAAUUGUGCUUUAUUGUAUACAUUCAACCACUCGGGAUGAUGAUUCAGUUUUUCUGCAAGCAAAGCAACACGACAUAAAACUGAAAGCAGCAUUGAAAUCACUAAAAAAUAAUUCUUAUAUAUGGCAUCGCGGUUAUCUUCUAAUGACCAGCCAACAGCCAGAAUAGGUUGAAGUAGUUCAGAUCUUUCCUGCUCGGUGAGUUAUACCCUAAGUUAGAUAUGUAAAACAUUUGUAUUACUCAUACAAAGAAAUUGAAAGUAUGAACUUAGUGAGAAAUUAUUUGAAACCAGUUCACGCAAAAAAUAAUUUCUACAUAUGUAUGUACAUACAUACUUCACUUACCAAUGGUCAUAGAAAAAUAGUUAGCUGUAUUAAAGGCCUUGAAAAUCAUACACACCUACUUUCACUUGUUCACUUUAUUUAAUCUCAGACUUGACCUCACGAUAUAAGAAAACUUCUACGAACGUAGUACAUAUGUAUGGUGACUUAAAGUUUGGACAUGGUUAGAAUACACUACAAUUGCUUUGCAUCUUAUUUAAAAUUUCAACAAGUGUUUUUUAUAUCUAUGUAAAAUCCCACCACCUUACAAGUUUGUACAUCCGCAAAGGGCUGUUUUUCUUCGCUACACAUUAAAGUUGCGAUUCAUUUAUUUGUAAUUGUGAUAUACGCAAAAUUUUUUUGGCUGAGUUUGUGCACAAAAUUUGCUUAUGUUGUACAAUAAUUACUUUGUAUUUUUUCGAUAAAUUAUAUAUAUUUAUAAACACCUAGCAGAUAAUUUACUUGCUGGUCAGCUGUUUUGAGGAGUUGCCAUUGUUAAAGUUAAAUACUAAUACAGAUGCUCUUCAACUAUAAUGGCGAAAUUAUUUGUGAAGUGUGAAUUUUAACGAAAACUAAAAUAAACAUCUAAAUCAUUUCAA